UGUUUUUAAAGAACAAAAAUGUUUUAUUAAAAUUCUUAAAAAAUUUGUGCUUUAUAAAAAACAUAAAAAGUGGUAUAAAGUGACUUAACCUAUAAAUGUUUUCGACAAUGACGUUCAAUGUCUGAUUUGCUGAUGACGUUAUUCCUUAAGUUUCCCCACAGUUUCCCAUAUAAAUAAACAUAAUCAUGGCUUCUCCUCGACCAAAAUCACCUCGUCCACCUAUUUCGGCCAAAAAAGACGAAAAGGAAGAAAGUUUUUGGGAUAAAAUUGGCACACUGGGACGCAAGAAACGUAUUAAGGAAGUUCAAGAGGUGCAAGAAGAGGGGAAAUAUGCCAUCGAUUCGCCAGGAUGUGCCGCAAAUCCUGAUUUACCACCUGAAGAAUAUAAUUUAGAAGAAAAUGAGGAACGUUCGAUGAUAGAACCAAAAUCCCUUGAGGAUCCAAAAGUACUUGAGCUUGUUACUAUUCUAAUUGAUUGGAUUAACGAUGAAUUAGCUAAUCAGAGAAUUAUUGUGAAAAAUAUUGCCGAAGAUUUAUAUGAUGGUCAAGUACUCCAAAAACUUUUAGAGAAAUUAACAGGACGAAAACUUGACGUUCCGGAAGUGACUCAAUCCGAGGAGGGUCAAAAGCAAAAAUUGGAAGUUGUACUUCACGCUGCUAAUCACGUUCUAGGACGUUAUCCGCCUUAUAAAUGGAGCGUCGAGUCAGUGCAUUCCAAGAACAUUGUCUCCAUUUUACAUUUGCUGGUUGGCUUGGCUCGACAAUUUCGGGCGCCCAUUAGACUGCCGGAACGAGUUGUCGUUUAUGUUGUUGUUGUAAAAAAGAUGGAUGGACAAUUAACUCAUAGAACCGUGAAAGAAGAGAUCACGUCCACGUACGACGAUGUGGGAAUGCGCUGCGAGAGGGAUGCCUUCGAUACUUUAUUCGAUCAGGCUCCUGAAAAAUUAGCCGUCGUCAAAAGGUCUUUAGUAACUUUUGUGAAUAAACAUCUAAGUAAAGUUCAUCUAGAAGUGACAGAUUUGGAUUCUCAAUUCCAUGACGGAGUAUUUCUCACAUUGUUAUUGGGACUUCUCGAAGGAUUUUUCGUUCCUUUGGGAAGUUUUCAUUUAACUCCCAAAAAUCACGAUCAAAAGGUUCACAAUGUUGCGUUUGCUUUCGAACUUAUGCAGGAUAUUGGUUUACCUAAACCAAAAGCCAGGCCGGAAGAUGUGGUCAACUUAGAUUUGAAAUCAACUCUUCGUGUUCUGUAUAAUUUAUUUACAAGAUACAAAGGAAUUAAUUGAAAGAAGUCUGAAAAAAUGCCGAGAAGAAAUACUAAUAUUACUAAUGUAAAAAAAACGUUUUAACUUAAAACACAAGAUAACGAAACUGCCACGUUUGUAAUUAUGUAUUUUACAAAUUGACAAUUAUUUGCUAAAACAAGUAUCCUUUAAGAAAUUUUUCUUCAAUUUUAAUAUUUUUAAAAGUGAAAAAAAGGGAGAAUCUUAUAUUCGUUUAAUAUAACUUUUAUUAACCACAAGUGUCUUAUAAUAACUGGAAUUGUA